AUGAUUCCCCCAAAGAAUCCUGGCCCACCACAGUCUUUAGGAAAGGGGGAUAAGGCUCCUUCAUCACAACAGAUCGGAGCUUCUGUAGUGGACUCUACAAAGAAAACAGCUAAUCCUAAAGCAACAGCUCCACAGGAAGACAAGAAAGUUGAUGUCGUUCAGAAAUUACAAGACCAGCAAACUAAGGCACUGAAUGGAACACCCCCUGUACACAAACCUCAGUGGCAAGAAACUGACAAACCCCAUGUGGACAGUCAAAGACAGCCAAAGACAGUCAAAUCAGAAACCCAGGAGGAGUCAGGAUUUUUUGGCUUUGGUUUUGGUGGUGCUCGAUCUCGAUCGCCGUCUCCUCAGCCUGCUGUCUCUGCUGUUUCUGGGAAAGUUCUAGGCUUUGGCUCUUCCUUCUUCAGCUCAGCAUCUAAUCUGAUCUCAUCAGCUGUUCAGGAUGAGCCUUCCACAGUGCCACCAACUUCUCGUAAGGGUUCAUCAGUCUCCCAGACAUCACCCAAAAUAACACCACCCACUUCCCGCAAGGUUUCCUCAGUUUCACAGACAUCUCACAAGCCUGGAUCUCCAGCCUCCACGCCAGCUGCUUCCCGCAAAGGGUCUGAAGCUUCCCAGGAUGUAAUGAGAAUGCCAUAUUCAAAAGAGACCAAACCACCCUCUGAUCAACAGUCAGGAGAAAAGAAAGCCCAGCAAGUAAAGGAGUGGCUUUGCCUGAAAUGCCAGACACAGCGAGCGUCAGAAGCAUUAUCUGUACAGUCUCAACAACAGGCUAAGAAAAUUCCUCCACCAUCUCCUCAACAAAAGAAGGCUGCUACAUCAGAAGGCCCUCAGAAGAAAGAAGAAGGUCUUCCUGAUGAAACCAUUAAAAAAGGCCAGAAAACUGCUGCUGUAAAAAAAACAGCAGACACAUAUGCUGUAAUACAGGAGAAGCAGCUGAAUCCUACUCCCACACAACAGCCCAAUCAGCAGCUGCCAAUUAAACAACAGGAUGCUGAAAAGCCUCAAAGUCAGACAUCGAAAAAUGGGCCCUCUCCUGCUAAAGCUGACCCUUCUCAAGAAAGCUCAGGCUUUUUUGGCUUUGGUGGUGCUCGAUCUCGAUCACCAUCUCCUCAGCCUGCUGUCUCUGCUGUUUCUGGGAAGGUUCUAGGUUUUGGCUCCUCUUUGUUCAGCUCAGCAUCUAAUCUGAUCUCAUCAGCCGUUCAGGACGAGCCUUCUACAACACCACCAACUUCUCGUAAAGGUUCACAGGUCUCUCAGAGCUCCAUUAAGACAACCACCCCACCUUCCUCCCGCAAAGGCUCUGGAGUUUCUCAGACAUCUCUCAAAACCACCAUACCACCCCCGACUUCACAGAAGGGAUCUGAAACAUCUGAAGACUCUCAGAAAAAACAAACAGGUCAUAUUAAAUCACAGACUAAACAGAACCAAGAAGACAUUACACAUGAGAAGACAAAACCAGUAAUCCAUCAGGGAAAAGAGUCCUCUCAAGGAGCUGAAUCCAAGCCAGAGCUAUCAAAAUUGAAGGAAUCCUCUCAGCUUAUUCCCAAAGACUGUCCGCUCUGCAAGCUGGAGAUCAAGAAGGAACCUUCCAACUACAACACAUGCACUCAUUGCAAAAACAUCGUGUGCAUACAGUGUGGAUUCAAUCCCACUCCACACCAAACAGAGGUGAAGGAGUGGCUCUGUUUGAACUGCCAAAUGCAGCGAGCACCAGGACCUCCUCCUGCGCAGCCUAAGCUACAGGUUACAAAAGUACCGCCACCAGUAUCACCCCAGAAGAAAGAGGCUUCAGCUCCAGAAAAGGAUAAGAAACCAAUUGCUCAUGGGAAACCAGAAGACAAACAAGUUGAAGCAGACAAAAAGCAGCCUUUGAACACCCAUAAUACAAAACCGUCCGCUCAAGACCAGCUUCCUAAGCCCCAGCAGACAAAAGAUGCCAUCUCUGAACGUCCUAAAGAGGAAUCAGGCUUCUUUGGCUUUGGUUUUGGUGCUCGAUCUCGGUCACCAUCUCCCCAGCCUGCUGUUUCUGGAAAAGUAUUAGGUUUUGGAUCCUCUAUCCUCAGCUCAGCAUCUAAUCUAAUAUCUUCAACUGUCCAGGAUGGGCCAUCUACUACACCCUCAACUUCACGCAAGAAUUCUACAGUUUCUCAAACAUCAGAAAAGACUACACCAACACCUCCCACCUCUCGCAAAGGUUCUGAAGCUUCUCAGCCAUCUUGCAAGCCCACUGCCUUACCACCUGUUUCCCAUGGGGUACCUACCCAGGAAUCUCAAAAGAUGAAUCCUAAGAACGUAACAAAACCACCAAAUGAACAGAAUCAAAAGGAAAACUUAGAAGAGAAGAAACCAGAGGUCAGAAAACCUUCACCAACACCAGAAACAAUUGCAAAGGAUACACAUACAACAAAAACAGAUACAACAAAAGCAGUAGAAUCUACUCAGCCUCUUCCCAAAGUCUGCCCGCUUUGCAAGGUGGAAAUCAAGAAGGAUUCACCCAACUACAAUGUCUGCACUGAGUGCAAGAAUGUAGUUUGUAACCUUUGUGGAUUUAACCCAGCACCUGACCAGACAGAGGUGAAAGUGUGGCUAUGUCUGAAUUGUCAGAUGCAGCGAGCAUCCGGACCUCCUAAGCCAGCUCAACCAACCAAAGCACCUUCCCCAGCAUCACCACAGAAGGAUGUUCAAGCUCAAGGUUCCCUGCAAAAGUCCCCUCAACCACAGGAAUCAAAAGGCACUCCUCUAGAGCAAGGAUCAACAGUAGAUGCCACAAAGCAAGAUCAGAAACUUCAUGUUGCUGGGAAACCAGAUGAUAAAUCCCUUGGUGCCCAGUCCCAGAAACCCACUUCUACUCGUUCAUCACCAAAGCCUUCUCCUGCAAAAUCUCCUCCACCACCAAAGGCUGAGCCUGCAAAGGAGGAGUCGGGUUUCUUUGGUUUUGGUUUUGGUGGUACACGAUCUAGGUCACCAUCGCCUCAAACUGCUGCUUCUGCCGUUUCUGGAAAGCUUCUAGGUUUUAGCUCAUCAAUCAUCAGCUCUGCAUCUAAUCUGAUUACUUCAGCUGCCCAGGAUGAGCCCUCUACAACACCACCAACAUCCCGUAAGGGCUCUACUGUUUCACAAACAUCUAUAAAGACUGCACCAACGCCACCAGAUUCUCGGAAGGACUCAGUUCUGCAAACGUCUCCAAAACUUGCCUCCUCUGAUGAGACAAAAGCAUCUGCUACUCAGAAAAAGGAAGAAAAGAAACCUGCAGAUGAAGCACAAAAGGCUCAGUCUGCCAAAGCACCAUCUGCUCCAGUAAAGGAAUGGCUGUGUUUGAAUUGUCAAAUGCAACAAGCACCAGGACCCCUCCCUGCACAACAAGACGCGAACAAAGUAUCUCUACCAGCACCAAAGAAAGAGGCUCCAACUGCAGGUCCUACACAGAAAGCAAGCCCCUCAGGAGGUGCCACAGAGAAAGAUCAGAAACCUGCUGCAUCAGAAAAACCAGAUGCCAAACCGAUUUCUGCAGAACCCCAGAAACCCACUACUGCUUCUGCAGAACAGAAGCCCUCCAUUGCCGAAUCUGUUCCACCACAAAAACCUGAACUUACCGAAGAGCAGUCUGGCUUCUUUGGUUUCGGCUUUGGUGGAGCACGAUCUCGAUCACCAUCUCCUCACUCUGCUGCCUCUGCUGUUUCCGGGAAGGUUCUGGGCUUUGGUUCGUCCUUCCUUAGCUCUGCAUCUAAUCUGAUCUCAUCAGCCGUUCAGGAUGAGUCUUCUACUACACCACCAACGUCUCGUAAGGGUUCUACAAUUUCUCAAAAUCCUGAAAAAAAUGUUCCAACGCCACCUUCUUCUCGAAAGGCAUCUGUAGCACAGAAGCAAGAAGAAAAGAAAGAAGCAGAAAAUAAAUCAGAAGACCAUGUGGCAAAGGCUCCAGUUUCUCUCAUGAAGAAGGAUACACCUCCCUUAGAGAUUCCCAAAGCUUGUCCACUCUGCAUGGUGGACCUCAAGAAGGAUCCACCCAACUAUAACACGUGUACUGAAUGUAACAACACUGUGUGUAACCUUUGUGGAUUCAGCACUAUUCCACAGAAAACUGAGGUGAAGGAGUGGCUGUGUUUGAACUGCCAGAUGAAGAGAGCACCAGGACCUCCUCCUGCACAGCCACAACCACUGGCUAACAAAGUGUCUCCACCAGCAUCACCACAGAAGAAGGAAGCUCCAACUCCAGGUGUUCCACAGAAAAAGCAAAGUCUUCCAGUAGAUGCUACAAAAACAGAUCAGAGGCCAACUGUGACUGAGAAACCAGAAGACAAAACUAUUCCAGUGGAGAAAUCCACUGCUGUUCCCUCAACACAACAGCCUGCUCCAGAGGGUCAGAAAGCACCAGAACAGUCUAUCUCAAUUACAGCAAAACAAGCCAGUACUACUGCAACACCUUCACAACAAAAACCAUCCCAACAACAGACAGCAAAAGGUGGCCCGUCCCCUGCCAAGUCUGAACCACCUCCAAAAGCUGAACCUCCAAAGGAGGAAUCAGGUUUCUUUGGUUUUGGUGGUGCUCGAUCUCGGUCACCGUCUCCUCAGACUGCUGUUUCUGCUGUUUCCGGAAAGGUUCUAGGUUUUGGAUCUUCUUUUCUCAGCUCUGCAUCUAAUUUGAUCUCAUCAGCUGUUCAGGAUGAACCUUCCACCACACCUCCAACCUCUCGGAAAGGUUCUACAAUAUCUCAAAGUUCUGUAAAAAAUGCUCCGACACCACCUCCCUCCCGAAAGGGAUCUGUAGCACAGAAAAAUGAGGAAAAGAAAGAACCACAACAUAAAUCCGAAGAGCAGUUGACAAAGGCACCAGUUUCUCAAAUGAAAAAGGAUGAGCCUCCCUCAGAGCCUCUUGGAGAUUGUCCACUCUGCAAGGUUCAGUUUAAGAAGGAUCCAUCUAACCAUAACACCUGCACAGAAUGCAAGAACACUGUGUGUAAUCUUUGUGGAUUCAGCCCUAUGCCACAACAAACUGAGGUGAAGGAGUGGCUAUGUUUGAACUGUCAGAUAAAGAGAGCACCAGGACCUCCUCCUGCACAGCCUCAAUCACAGGCUGACAAAUUACCUCCACCAGUAUCACCACAGAAGAAGGAGGCUCCAACUCCAGGUGUUCCACAAAAGAAGCCAAGUCUUCCAGUUGAUGCAACAAUGAAAGAUCAGAAACCACCUACAGCUGGGAAAAAGGAGGACAAACCUAAUCCAGAUGAGUCCCAGAAAUCCACUGCUGUUCCCUCAACACAACAGCCUGCUCCUGCCACACCUGCUGUCCCACAAAAAGUUGAACCUCCAAAGAUGGAGUCAGGUUUCUUUGGUUUUGGUGGUGCUCGAUCUCGGUCACCGUCUCCUCAAGCUGCUGCUUCUGCUGUUUCCGGAAAGGUUCUAGGUUUUGGAUCUUCUUUUCUUAGCUCUGCAUCUAAUUUGAUCUCAUCAGCUGUUCAGGAUGAACCUUCCACCACACCUCCAACCUCUCGGAAAGAUUCUACAAUAUCUCAAAGUUCUGUAAAAAAUGCUCCGACACCACCUCGCUCCCAAAAGGGAUCUGUAGCACAGAAAAACGAGGAAAAGAAAGAACCAAAACAUACAUCUGAAGAGCAGUUGACAAAGGCACCAGUCUUUCAAAUGAAAAAGGAUGAGCCUCCCUCAGAGCCUCUUGGAGAUUGUCCACUCUGCAAGGUUCAGUUUAAGAAGGAUCCACCUAACUAUAACACCUGCACAGAAUGCAAGAACACUGUGUGUAAUCUUUGUGGAUUCAGCCCUAUGCCACAACAAACUGAGGUGAAGGAGUGGCUAUGUUUGAACUGUCAGAUAAAGAGAGCACCAGGACCUCCUCCUGCACAGCCUCAAUCACAGGCUGACAAAUUACCUCCACCAGUAUCACCACAGAAGAAGGAGGCUCCAACUCCAGGUGUUCCACAAAAGAAGCCAAGUCUUCCAGUUGAUGCAACAAUGAAAGAUCAGAAACCACCUACAGCUGGGAAAAAGGAGGACAAACCUAAUCCAGAUGAGUCCCAGAAAUCCACUGCUGUUCCCUCAACACAACAGCCUGCUCCUGCCACACCUGCUGUCCCACAAAAAGUUGAACCUCCAAAGAUGGAGUCAGGUUUCUUUGGUUUUGGUGGUGCUCGAUCUCGGUCACCGUCUCCUCAAGCUGCUGCUUCUGCUGUUUCCGGAAAGGUUCUAGGUUUUGGAUCUUCUUUUCUCAGCUCUGCAUCUAAUUUGAUCUCAUCAGCUGUCCAAGAUGAGCCUUCCACCACACCUCCAACCUCACGUAAAGGUUCUACAGUUUCCGCAAAAAUCACUCCAACACCACCUGCUUCUCGCAAGACAUCUGUAGCACAGAAAAAAGAAGAAAAGAAAGAAAUGGAAAUGAAAUCAGAGUACCAGUCAAAGGUGUCAACUUCUGCUGUGAAAAAAGAUGAGCCCAUAAAACAGUGUCCACUCUGCAAGGUGGAUAUCAAGAAGGAUCCACCCAACUAUAACACCUGCACUGAAUGCAAGAAUGUUGUGUGUAAUCUUUGUGGGUUCAGCCCUAUGCCACAAGAAACUGAGGUGAAGGAGUGGCUGUGUUUGAAUUGCCAGAUGAAGCGAGCACCAGGUGCUCCCCCUCUACAGCCUCAGCAAGAACCAACUAAAGUGCCUCCACCAGCAUCACCACAGAAGAAAAAGGCUUCUCCUGUUGGGAAACUAGACACUCAAACAGACACCAAGAAACCCAUUUCUACUCCCACAUCACUACAGCCCUCCACUGCUGAAUCCGCACCACCAUCCAAAUCUGAAGCUUCAAAGGAAGAGUCAAGUUUCUUUAGUUUUGGUUUUGGUGGUCCUCGUUCUCGACCACCAUCUCCUCAGCCUGCUGCUUCUGCUGUUUCUGGAAAGGUUCUAGGUUUUGGGUCCUCUAUCUUUAGCACAGCAUCUAAUCUGAUCUCUUCAGCUGUUCAUGAUGAGGCCUCUACAACACCUCCACCUUCUCGUAAAGAUUCCACAGCAUCUAUGAAGACACCAUCUUCUCCUGCUUCUCGGAAAGGAUCUGCAGAGCCUGAAAAAAUCCCACAAGGUACAAAAACCAAAAUUUCAGCUGAAGAGACAAAGACUUCAACUACAAAGAAAGAACAGGAGAAAAAACUAGAUGAAAUAGUAGCAGAUGACUCUACAAAAGUGAUGGCACCUUCUAAAGCACAGCAUGCAGCCUGUCCAAUCUGUAAGCAGGAGCUUAAUGUUGACUCAAAUGAAGUACCCAACUACAAUACAUGCACAGAUUGCAAGAACACUGUGUGUAACCUCUGUGGAUUUAACCCCGUUCCUCAUCAGGCUGAGGUUUUUGAAUGGCUUUGCCUAAACUGUCAAACACAGAGAGCAUUAAAGGGAAUGGAACCUCCAGUUACAAAGCCACAGGCAGAACCAGACACUCUCUCCACCUCAGUACAGCCUCCAAAAAGUGUAACACCUAAAACCAAUGCUGGUGAAACCAAUAAGAAGGAGCUAACUCAGGUUCAGGAACCUCCAAAAGAUGUAUCUGCUUCAGCUAUGCUAGAUGAGAAUAAAGCCCCAGUUCCACCCUGUGUCCAAAAAGAGAACAUUUUGAUUACAGACACGAAAAAAGUAGAAGAAGCUUUACCCAAGGUUGAAGAUAAAACAGCUGAGAAGAAAGAAUCACAGGUUCAGGGGGUUUCAGGACAGAGGCCAUCUUCUGAAACAGUGCCUGUAAAGGAGGAUCAAAAGGCUGCAGGUCCUCAGAAACCUAUAAUUGAGCAGGAAGCUGUUGGGCAAACAGCAGAUACAGGAGCAGAAAAGGGCAGAGUUCUGGAAAAACCUGAGAAACCUCAAACCAAACCUUCACCACGAGAACAAGAAACUUUGAAGCAGGAGUCAGGAUUCUUUGGGUUUGGCUUUGGCAGUGCUAAAUCUCAGCCUGCACCAUCCAAGCCUUCUGAGACAAGCACUGGGAAGCUUUAUGGUAGUUUGACAGAGACACCCUCAGCACAGUCUGUCUCUGCUGUUUCUGGGAAGGUUCUAGGUUUUGGAUCCUCCAUCCUCAGCUCAGCAUCUAAUCUGAUCUCAUCAGCCGUUCAGGAUGAGUCUUCUACAACACCACCAAGUUCCCGUAAGGGCUCUUCAGUUUCCCAGACAUCUGUCAAAACUCCCACACCACCUACAUCUCGUAGAGGUUCUGCAGUUUCCCAAACCUCUGUCAAGACACCACCAACUUCUCGAAAAGGUUCUGCAGCUUCCCAGGCCUCCCUAAGAAUGCCUCCUGCUAGAGAUACCAAAUCAUCUGGUGCACAGAAGUUAGAAGAGAAAAAACCAGAUCAGAAGUCAGACGUCAAAUUAGAUGGGACACCAGAAGCUACCAAGCCUUCUGCUCCUUUGCAGCCAGCUACUAAACCAAUCCAGUCCAGCUGUCCUAUUUGCAAAGUAGAGCUAAACAUAGGCUCUGUGGAUCCACCUAAUUUCAACAUCUGCACUGAAUGCAAGAACAGUGUGUGCAGUCAAUGUGGAUUUAAUCCCAUGCCUGAUCAGACAAAGGUGAAGGAGUGGCUUUGCCUGAAUUGCCAGAUGCAGCAAACUGUAGGAGCAACAGAACCACCAAGAACUCCCAUGCAGAAACUGACGUCUUCUGAAAAGGAUAGCCAAGCACCACCUGCAGCGCACACUUUACCUGAACCCAAACCUGGCGUUUCAUCCCCUACACCUGCCAGUGAAAUAAAUUUCCCGUUCCCAUCACCAUCAAAGAAAGACAUCCCAGCUCCAAGCACUGCGCAAACAAGUACAGACUUAAAGCAACCACCAAGUAAAGAGCUCCCCCAACAAAAGGCCCCAGCCCAGGAGAAGCCUACAAAACCUCAGCCAGAAAUUGCCAAAGGUACUGCCUCACCAAUCAAAUCUGCUCCACCACCUCAAGCUGAAGCUCCAAAGCAGGAAUCAAGCUUCUUUGGAUUCGGAUUUGGUAAAUCUCAACCUACUCCUGCUAAGACAUCUGAUUCUAUGACUGGGAAACUCUUUGGCUUUGGUGGAUUGACUGAGACAACAUCACGGUCGCCCUCACCACAAUCGGUGGCUAAUGUUUCUGGCAAGGUUUUGGGAUUUGGAUCCUCCAUCUUUAGCUCUGCAUCUAAUCUGAUUUCAUCAGCUGUUCAGGAUGAGCAUGCUUCAUCUCCGCCAACCUCACGCAAAGGUUCUACAAUAUCUCAAUCCUCUGGCAAGACUUCAACACCACCUACCUCUCGCAAGGGUUCUGCAGCCUCUCAGGCCUCCCUCAAGACGCCUCAAGGAGAACCCAAAGCUCCUGCAUUCAAGAAACCAGAUGAGAAGAAGACAGAGGAACCUCAUCUGACCAAGGCACUACCAGUUACUGCUAAGCAAGAAGAUAGUACACAGCCUGAUAAAGUGGCAGCACCCUCUGAGCCUCCUUCCAAAGCAACCCCAUCCAUCUGCCCACUCUGUAAAGUGGAGCUUAAUGUGGGCUCAAAGGACCCUCCCAACUACAAUACCUGUACUGAGUGCAAGGAUGUGGUGUGUAAUCUCUGUGGAUUUAAUCCCAUGCCUCACCUUGCAGAGGCUGAGUGGCUGUGUUUGAAUUGCCAGACUCAAAGGGCCUUAGCUGGGAAGAUGGGAGACAUAGGACAAAUGUCUACACUGUCUACACAGCAAGUCAAAACUUCAGUGAAUGUGCAGGCCACUGAAACCACCCUUGGGCCAACUAUCCCUAAAGUACCUCCAGUAGGUGCAGGAACUGCUCUCGCUGCUCCUGCUUCUGUGCAGACUACAGAUGCUCCAGUGCAUGAGACUGUGGACAAGACACCUGAAGUGAAAAUUGAAAGUCAGCGGCCAGCAGAUAAAGAGGAGAAAAGAAGAUCAGAGGAACAAAGACAGGCCGGAAGCUUUCAGUUUGCGUAUAAGCCUAUCCAAAAUGAAGAGGUUGUGGUUGAGGUUGAGAGUAAUCCUACUACACCUUGUGAACUUGACGGCACAGUGUUGUCAGUAUUGGGGGAUGAGACUAGGACCUUGAAGGUUGACAAACAAGGACAGGACAUCUUUUCAGUUUCUCCUGAGUCAUAUAGCUCAGCUGAGGAAGAGCUUAAAGAAAUUCACAGAGCUAGUGAGUCCUCACUGAGAAAAACUGCAUCAGAACUAGUGUAUAUCAAGGAUCCAGUGAGUAUAAAGCAGCAUCCUGCAUGUGUGGAGAACAGCAGUGAGAGUGAACCAUCACCACAUCUCCAAAGGAGAAGGAAACUAAGCGCUGCAUCAUCUAGCAGUGAAGACUUUAAACUAGACAGCCCAGAUUCUGGAGAUGAAGAGUUCAUACGGAGACAGCUAAUGCAAAUGAGCGCAGAUGAGGGUUUAUCACCAAAAGAUGAGGAAAACUACAUCAGGAAAGAGAUCAGAGAAAAGGAGCAGCAAGUGCAACAUGAAGCCAGAGAGGCAGAAAGGGAAACUACUGAGACUAAACUCAAACAAAUCCUAAAGAAAUCAAGUGUGGAGCUUGAAGAGAGUGCUGAUAAAAGCCUGACAUCUCAGGAUCAGGAUGUUCAAAGCAUGCAUGUCAUACCUAUUUCAGAAACUAUAGAAGAGACAGUGACAGUGAUGGUCUUGAAUGACAAUGAAAAAGAAAGAAUCACAGACAAUAACAGUGCUGUAGCCAUUUCUGCACAACAGAGCAUUUCUAUUAGACAGAUUACUGAAGAGGAGAGUUUGAUUGAAGACUCUGAAGAUAGGUCAAAAGGUGAUGGAUCCUCCAGUAUUCAGGCAUCCAGCGUCACACCAGGAACCACAUCACCUACAUCUGCGUCUUCAUUUGAUGAAGAAAGUGAUAGCAGUCCAAGUCACAAGAAGGCAAGUGCAGAGGGCAAACAGCAAAUGAAAGUCAAGCAUAGGCAAGGACAAGCCCUUCCAACUAUAGAGGACUCCUCUGAGGGAGAAGAGAUGCAGGAUAAAGGUUAUCAGCUUUUGGAACAUGAACAACAAAGUGAGAGUGAACAGCAGCUUAAAAAGACUUCCCAAAAAUCCAAAAAAGAUGAAUUACAUGCACAGAGAAGACUUGAUUAUCUACCCAGUAACACCUCUACAGUGGGAGUUAUAUCUCAAACUGAGGAUGAAUGGCAAGUUUUAGAGGUUAAAACACAAGACUUAUACUCUUUCUCUAACAUCUCACCAAGUAUUGAGUCUGAACCAGAGAAUGCCUAUACUCACUUGCUGCCAGAAGAGAAACCAUUAAAGAGUGCAGAAGAAACAUAUGAAGAAAUGAUGGAAAAAGCCCAAGCACUCAGAGCUAUGACAAAGAAAGUCACUCCACCUGAGAUUGAGCCACUCUAUGGAGGAAUGCUGAUAGAGGACUAUGCUUAUGAGUCACUAGUGGAGGAACCAGCACAGGCUGCAGCAGUUGAAAGCAGUUUUACUGAGGAUCAAUAUCUUAGUAAAGUGACUGUACAAGACACUGUAAGAAAGCUUAGAACACCAGAAGAAGCCUACGAGGAGAUGCAGAAGAAGAGAGAGCUCAUGCUAGAAGGACAGACAGUUGAACAUGAACAUGUAGACAGAGCAGCUCCUCAGACAGACUUUUUUGGACCUGCUGCUACUGAUACUUGCUAUGUGACUAUAUCAGGAUAUGAUCAACGUUCUGUAUGCAAAGAGGUAGAAUCCCAGCUGAAUGUCGAACCUGCAAAUGAAGAAGUGUUGAAGAAGCAAAAAGAAGUUCUGACACCUGGAACAAGUCCUACACAGUCAAGUCCAUUGUCUCCAGUAUCCCCUUUAUCUUCAUCUGAGCCUUCAUAUGAUUCCCCUGAAGUGAUACUAAUUCCCUCAAGCGGUGAGGAGGACAAUAUUAAGGAUGAAUAUGUAACUGAACCUAUUGAAUGUGCUAUGCAGCCUUACAUUUCUGAGUCACCUCCUGAAGACUUAUCUGUGAAGAAAGCUCUCUAUCCUAUCCCUGACCUGAAAAUUACUCAGUGUUCUUCUGGUGAAGAUGACGCUGGGGAUGAAGAUAGCAGUAUACAAGAACAUGAAAUAGCUGUGUCAACUGACACUACUCAGGGUGUUUACAGUUCUGUUAAAACAGAACCCUCAGCACAGACACAGUCAGUAGAGAUGGAACCCAUAUCUGUUGUGUGUGAAGUUCCUCAAACAAAGCCUGUGCUAGAAAAUGUUUCAUUUUGGGAUUCAACGCCAUCUCCUCUGUCUCCACAAACUUCAUCUCCAGAUUCAGCAACGCCAUCACUUACAGAUCAGACUCCAGAUUCAGGCAUCAUUCCAGAAACCCCUAUUGUUACAGAAAGUUCAAGAGCUGUUGUACCUGACUUUGCUCCAGUUAUAAUUACGAUGCCAGAUUCUGUCGCUGAGCCAGCUCCCCAAAUCUCAGUGGUAAAAGCCCAUCCUAUUGCAGUUUCCCUUCAAGAAAGGGCAUCUCUACCACAAGUCACAGCAGUGGCAACAGCUCCUUCCCCACCAGAGGUUUCUAAACCACCUUUAGCUCCAAAACCAAUCACAAUUUCUGCUGCAGCAGACAUUUCUGUUUCUAAACCACCACUAAGUUCAAAACCAACUUCAGCACCUAAAACAGCUGAAGUCUCUGAUACUAAACCACCAUUAGCUCUAAAACAAAGCCCACCUCCUAUGCUAGCUGAAGUUCCUGUUUCUAAACCACCUCUAGCUCCAAAACCAACACCAAAGCCAUUGCCUACCUCUGAAGCCAUUAUUGUUAAAAUACCAGAUGGAGUGACAAGACAAGGUCAUUUUGUCAUCAUUUUGCCAAACUUUGAAAAUAUGUCUGUGAUGAAUCAAACAGCGCAAGAUAUUGUCAAUAAUGCCAUGGCAGCAGCAAACUCUAUUGAAGAAGGCAGAAGUCAUCCUGUGGUAGUGAGUUUAUCUCCUGUAAUCAGUACAGAUGCUGCUCAAUUUGUAUCAAGUAUGGGACUGACAGCUGGCCUAGCAACGCAGUCAACUUUUGUGUCAACAAAACCUGAACCUCAAGUGACAUCUGUCUCUCAUGAAAGAGCAGAAAGGCCCAUCAUUGAAUUUCCACCACCUCCUGCAGCUUCACCACCAGCCCUGCCACCUGAUACUUUACCUAAUCCAGCUGUUAGUCAACAUUCAUUUCCCAUUCUCUCAUCUGUCAGGGCUACUCCUUCUGAGUCUCUUACAAGUAUGGCCAGUGCAGCACCAAGUGCAAUAGUAAAACAAACUGUAGCCCCAGUACAUAAACCACCACCUCCAGUUCCACCCAAACCAGUUUGUAUACCAGCUGGUCUAGUGUUUAGCCACAGGUCAAGAGAGAGUGUAAAGCCACCAGUUGUUCCUGAACCCACAGUUGCUCAAACCGGUCGAGCUGCAACAUUACCAAGAACAAGAGAACCCCCCAAUGCCCUUUCGCUCAGUUUGACUGCCCCUGUUGAUAGUAAACACAGCAUUUCAUCACCAAAAUCACCCUUGUCACCUCGGUUUGCUAAAACUCUUGAGACAUACGUGGUGAUAACAUUGCCAUCAGAACCAGGGUCACCGGUAGAAGGAAUUACAACCCAAGCUCCAAUACGAAGAUCAUCUCUACCAACUCCUAAGCAACAGGCUCCUGCUGUUGCACCGAGAGUGUUUUCCCCACCUGCAGUAUCUGCACCACUUACUGUAGUUCCAGCACCAGUAGUAGCUGCACCACCAAAAGUAAUAUCAGCCCCAAUGGUGACACCACCACAUGUGAUGGUUCCAGUACAAACUGUGCAUGUCUCACCAGUUGUAGCAGUGCCACCAGAGACUGGCCCAAUUGUUUCAGUAUCAAAAGCAGUAGCACCAGUACUGGCAUAUGUGCCACAACCAGGGACUGUUGGGCCACCAAUCAUGAGGGAAAUGAUGAUUACUGCUACACCACCUGUGACCACAACGGUAUACACUGCACCAAUAGUAGUUUCAGCACCAACUGUGACAUCACCACAUGCAUUUUUUGCAACACCAAAUGUGGCUGAAGUACCAGCUGUCACCGCAGAACCAACAAUAAAUACUGUGUCAACAGUGAUCUCUGCACCAACAGUGUAUGCUACACCUCCUAUUGCAGCACCAUUAGCCAUGGUUUCUGAAUCAGUGCUACCUGCAACACUACUGACAGAAGCAACUAUAGAGUUGAAACCAGCAGCCUUUACAGGAUCUCCUACCCCAACACCUGCAAUGGAACCGAUGGUUCCUGUUGAUGUAAUGCAAGAGCCUGAAAGACAACCCAUGCAAACAGUUUGCUCUGCUCCUAUAACAAUUACCCAACUCCCAUUAUCCACAGAUAGUCAGACUGUACAAGGGUUGGAGAUGGAGGAAGUAUUAAUUGUGUCUGCUUCAGAAGAGGCUAUAUCUGCAAUAGGUCCAUCAUCAGUUGCGGUAACACAAAUUCAGCAACACCAAACAAUUUUCGAACCACAACAAGAGGAACCAGCAGUCUAUGCUGCAACAGUUAUGCCAACUGUGCCAGUAACAUUUACCCAGUUCACAAAGUCAGUAGAGAGUCAAGAAAUAAGAGGGCCUGAUAAAGUUGUGUCAAGUAUGAGCCAGGUGUAUUCUGCAAUUUCAAAAACGGAACAGCAUCCUGAUACCAUACCUAAUGUUGUUACCCAGGUUGUCACAACUGAAGUCCAGAGGACUACUACUGUGUCAGUUGUCCAAGAAAGAAUACCUGUAGAACCUGUGCCAGACCAUGCCAGUAUGACAGUCAUAGUCCAGCCAGAAAUGACAAAAACACAAACAAAGCCUAUACAGAAUGGAAAGAUGCACUAUCCUGGUGAUGUCAUAGAUCUCACAACAUUGAAGGUCAAUGUUACAAUGACUGACAAAGGAAUGGAUCUGACAGCCCCUGAGUCAAGUCGACAGUCCUUCUCAAGUGAUUCAAGUGGUCGACAGACAACUGCCGUGCAGCCAGAAAUUGUAAAUUUAAGUGCUGAGAUAACUCCUGCUACAACACUGUCUGUUGUGACAGAUAAUAUCACAAUUGUUACCUGCACUGCUACAAUUACAUACAAGGAUAACAUGGUUGAUAAGCCCCUCAACUUAGAAAGUGCCACUUCAAUGCCUCUGUCUCUUACAAGUUAUAAACCUUACGAGCCACUGGCACAAAUAGUAUACAGACCAGUAAAUUCACAACCAAAACCCACAACCAGUACAGAGAUCCCCAUCAACCUAUCUUGUGGGACUACUGAAACAACUGCACCUUCUUUACCUGUGGCCCCAGUAACCUGUACAAAGGCUGGUGUACCUAUUCAUACUGAGCCAUCAGCUGUUGAAGCUAUAGAUCUAACUACAUCAAAGCCAAUGAAAGCCAUGGUGGCUCUGUCUUCUUCCUCUGGCGUAGUUACAACUGUUGUUGAGGACGAUGUAGCACCUGUAGAUUUGACAGCAGGUAGGAGAACAGUGUGCUGUGAUGUCCUGUAUAGGCUUCCAUUCACAGGCAGCUGUAGAACACAGCCUCCAGUGACCACACAACCAGAUAACCAAUUGGGUUUUAAAGAUGAUCACUAUGAGUACGAUAAUGCCACAGCCCUUGGAAUUAAAGACCUCAGUAAAAUGGUGGUCUCUAUGUCGGACAUGGAAACUGGGCUGUUCCCUUAUGAGAACAAGAAUGGAUUUGCCUACCAGAAUGGGGCAUCAGAUGGGGCAAUUGAUUUGACAUCAGCAAAAAUGUCAACAGAUGAAGCCCUGGACUACUCAAAGAAAGGCACGUUGUCAUUUUCCACCACUCAAGGAACAUCCUUUGGGCUAAAUAGUGUACUAAGAUCAUCUAAUGGAGUUGUAUACUCAUCUAUUUCUGCACCCAUUCCAUCCACAUAUGCAAUUACAACUCAGCCAGGCUCAAUAUUCAGUACAACAUACAACAGUCUCAGCAGUAUAACUGAGCCAUUUUCAACACUUCAGAACCAGCCUUCACCAUAUGAUUUCAUACACACCACUGGAACCAACCAGUCAAUAUUUAUGGACUCUGAUCCAUCCAAGGAUAUCCUGCCUUCUGCCUUAGCCAACCUCCUUCCUUCAUUAACAGCCUUCCCAGAACUGUAUUCUGACGCUACCCUUGAGGCCAUAGCAGCCUCACUGGAUGCCCUGGUCUCCCCAAAUUUCCCUGCCUUGGAUGACAGUAAGAGCCAGCAGUAUCAGGCUGAGCGUGAGUUUUUGCAGUUAGAGAAGCUGAAGCAGCUGUGUCUUGCUGAGGAGCUUGAAUGGGAAAGGCAGGAGAUACAGCGCUACCGUGAGCAAGAACAGCUUAUUGUCCAAAAGGAAUUAGAAGAACUUCAGAGCAUGAAACAUCAGCUCUUAAUGCAGCAGGAGGAAGAACGCAAGGCCCAUUUCAUUCUUCAACAGGAGACCUUUGCCCAGCAGCAAUUACAACUUGAGCAAAUCCACCAGCUACAGCAACAACUACAGCAACAGCUAGAAGAGCAGAAAGUAUAUCCAUAUGGUUUUGAGCCAAACGAAGAGAUGUCUCAACCCAGUGGCUCAGGCAUCAUUUUAGAUGCCCAGUACUCUAAAGCAGAUAAUGGCCAGUACUGGCCCGUGAAGGAUGACAAUUCUACAUCAUCGGCAGUGACUGUCCAUGACCCUUUAACUGGUGGGGAUUGGUACACUGCUGGUAGUUUAACCUUACCUAAAUUAGAAGGUGUUCUUAAAGAUUCAGAGAAUUCUAAGAAACUGCCCUCCACAGCAAAGCAAGCCAAUGAGGAAAGUGUAGGGUUAAGUGGUAAGAAAAUAGCAGAAAGUGGAGUUCAGACAGAUGAGGAGGAUGAGGUGGAAAAGCCUUACCCUGGCCGGAGAAGGAGGAGUAGGAGAAGUGUAGAUAGUUGUAUGCAAACUGAUGAUGAGGAUCAGGAUGAAUGGGAUGUCCCUGUUAGGAGCAGGCGGAGGUCUCGCUCAAGCAGAUAUGCUGAUGGUGAACGAGGUAAAGGCUCAAAAGUAUCCAGCAUUGCAGUCCAAACUGUGGCUGAGAUCUCUGUUCAGACCGAUCAUUCAGGAACCAUAAAGAGGUCCCCUGUCAGGGCUCAAAUAGAUACCACAGUAGACCUACACCGAGGAGGGCAAACAGAAAGUGACUCAGAUGUUACAUCUGACAAAGAUAAGAGACACUCAACUCCCAUUGAAAUUGGUGUCAGCACGCAUCUAAAAGCAGAUGGUGUUGGGAUCUCAUCAGUACCCAAAUCUCCGAAGGUAUUGUAUUCUCCAGUUUCACCUGUGUCUCCUGCAAAGGGCUCACAGAAGAUGCUAACAGCUGAACCAUCAAGACAACCAAGUAGCCCUAGAUCCCUGAAGGCCUCACAACGAUCUCUGUCUGACCCCAAGUCUCUGAGUCCCACCACCGAUGACAGAAUCAUGUACCAGUAUGCAGACACCUAUUCUAGCAAGAGCUCACAGAGUGGUACCCCUGUAGGCUCUCAGAAGAAAGUAAAGCGCACUCUUCCCCAUCCACCACCAGAAGAGGAUACUAUUGUUGGCCCUUCUGGAUACUGUACUGGAUCUGCUCGAAGAAGAAUGUGCAGGAACACCACCAUGGCUCGAGCCAAAAUCCUACAAGAUAUUGACAAAGAACUGGAUUUGGUAGAGAGAGAGUCUUCUAAACUUCGUAAGAAGCAAGCAGAGCUAGAUGAGGAGGAGAAAGAGAUAGAUGCCAAACUGAGAUAUCUUGAGAUGGGCAUUAAUCGAAGGAAGGAGGCUUUACUGAAAGAGAGAGAGAAGAGGGAGAGGGCUUACUUGCAAGGUGUAGCUGAGGAGCGUGACUAUAUGUCCGAUAGUGAGGUCAGCAACAUUAGAGAAGCACGAGGUAAUGGCCUUGGACUAGAGCGGCCACGAACUGCCCCUCAGUCGGAGUUCAACCAGUUCAUCCCACCACAGACUGAAGCUGAUUCUCAGUACGCACAACUUGGAAGCCCAUACUCCCACUAUCAGUAUGCCUCUCAAACUGGGACACCAAGUCAUUUUUCCCAGCAGAACCUGUACCAACAGCAAUCCCUUUAUCACCAACAAGUGUCCCCCUACCAGACCCAGUCAAUGUACUCAUCAGUGCCUACACUCAAUCAACAAUCCCAACAAACUGGUUAUGACCAUGCCUCACAGCUCCUUUUGAUGCAACAGAAAAGCCGCCAGACUACACUGUCUGACUUGGAGCCAAAGAUAACAACAAACUAUGAGGUGAUACGGAAUCAGCCUCUCUUGAUUGUUCCCACAUCUACAGAGAGUGCCUAUGGUGUCUCACAUCUUGGGGGUAAAUAUGGUAACCUAGACUUGAGAAUGGGUCUGGAAGAAAGAGGCAGUAUGGCAAGCAGCCCCAUGUCCAGCAUAUCAGCAGAGUCAUUCUAUGCAGACAUUGACCAUCACAAUGCCAGAAACUAUGUUAUGAUCGAUGACAUAGGGGAGCUGACCAAGGGCUCUGCAGGACUGAGCUCCAGCUUCAAUAUCCCUGAUAAAGAUAUGAGUAAGACCGACCGCUUGCUCAGGGCUGCUGAAGUUCGUCGGACAGCAGAUGUGACUGACUUCCUUGCACCUCUUCAAGCUGCCUCCAGACUGCAUUCAUACGGUAAGCCAGAUGAGGACUCAAUGGAGGAGCCGUACGAGUUAAAACUGCUAAAGCAGCAAAUCAAGCAAGAGUUCAGGAGGGGCACAGAUGGCUUGGAACAACUCACAGGUCUGCCUCAUUACCUCCAUGCUGACAGUUUCAGACAUUUCCCUAAGUCUGAGAAAUAUAGCAUUGGAAGGCUCACUUUAGAAAAACAAGCAGCUAAACAGCUUCCAGCCUCAGUUCUAUAUCAGAAACAGUUAAAGAAUAAGAGAGCACUAAUUGACCCUAAAAUUACAAAAUUUUCCCCCAUACAAGAGAGCAGGGACCUGGAACCUGAUUACAGUGGGUUUUUGGCAUCCACUGGCUCAGCAGUGGGUGGACUGUCCAGCAGGGCGAGGCUCCUACAGGAUGAAAUCACUUUUGGUCUGAGGAAGAACAUAGCUGAGCAGCAGAAGUACCUGGGCUCCACACUAAGCACUAACCUGACUCAGUCACUGACCCUUGGUCAGUCUCUUAAUCUUGGCCCCGCCUUGAGAUCAUCCCUUCAAGACGAUGGCACUUACCCCAGUGGUACCCGGUCCAGACCUUCUUCAAGGCCUUCCUCUGUGUAUGGACUUGAUUUAUCCAUCAAAAGAGACCUUUCCAGUUCUUCACUAAGGUUAAAGACAGAGGGUGAAAGCAUGGAUUCCCAGUUUGGCGUGGCAAGGGCAAAGCCGACUAGUCUGCCCAUCAGCCAGAGCAGGGGCCGUAUCCCAAUUGUGGCACAGAACUCAGAAGAAGAGAGUCCACUGAGCCCUGUGGGGCAACCCAUGGGUAUGGCAAGGGCAUCUGCAGGUCCACUUCCACCUAUCUCUGCUGACUCUCGGGAUCAGUUUGGUUCCAGUCACUCUUUACCAGAAGUACAGCAGCAUAUGAGAGAAGAAUCACGAACGCGCGGCUAUGAUCGAGAUAUAGCCUUCAUUAUGGAUGAUCUACAGGGAGCUAUGUCAGACAGCGAAGCACUAAAUGAGCCCAUGAUGGUUUUGCACAGAAGUGACCCCAGGCUCCUCCAUGAGGGUAUCAGACACGCCUACCAUCUGCAACAUGAAGAGACUGACUGGUUUGAUAAACCUCGUGAGGGCCGUGGUGGACCACAAUCAGGGCAGGACAGGAGACAGGUGAAAGCUGUACAUUAUCCUUUCCCCCACACUCGCAUCAAACUGCAGAGGGACCCUAAAGACCACACUGUCUCAGGGAGCGGGUUGGGCAUCCGAGUGGUGGGAGGAAAGGAGAUUCCGGGUUCUAAUGGAGAGAUUGGAGCAUACAUCGCUAAAGUGUCGGCCGGAGGCUUUGCUGAGCGGACAGGGAAGGUUGUAGAAGGAAUGCAGGUCCUGGAGUGGAACGGAAUCCCUCUGAUAGGGAAGACCUAUGAGGAGGUGCAGAGCAUCGUGGGUCAGCAGCAGAGUGGAGAUGUAGAGAUAUGUGUGCGCCUAGACCUGAACAUGCUCUCAGAUUCAGAGCAUCCACAGCAGCUGGAGCUGCAGUCUCAGCUAAAGGCCGCUGACCGCCAGCGUUCUCCAGGUGUGGACCCUAAGCAGUUGGCUGCAGAGCUGCAGAAGGUGUCUCAGCAGCAGGCUCCUGCCUCCGUGCUGGCUGCUCUGGAGAAGGCAGGACACCUGCAUUCAGCCACAGCAUCCGCUGCCUCCAGCGCAGUGCCCAGCCCCGGCCAGCCUGGAUCCCCCUCCGUCAACAAGAAACGCCACAGCAGCAAGUCUGCAGAGGCUCUGAAACCACAGCCACAUCCAAUCACUGGUGAAAUACAACUCCAAAUCAAUUACGACAAGAAUAUGGGUAAUUUGAUCGUCCAUGUUCUACAAGCAAGAAACCUUGCCCCGAGAGAUAACAAUGGAUAUUCAGAUCCUUUUGUUAAGGUGUAUCUUCUGCCCGGGAGGAGCCAAGUCAUGGUUGUCCAGAACGCAAGUGCUGAGAACAAGAGAAGGACUAAAUAUGUGCAGAAGACCCAGAACCCUGAGUGGAACCAGACCGUCAUCUAUAAAAAUAUUCACCUGGAACAGCUGAAGAGGAAAACCCUGGAGGUGACAGUGUGGGAUUAUGACAGAUACUCCACCAACGAUUUCCUGGGAGAAGUGCUGAUUGAUCUGUCUAACACAGCUCAGUUGGAUAACAUGCCUCGCUGGCACCCCCUAAAGGAGCAGAGUGAAAGCAUACACCACGGCAGGGGUCAUCCUCCACAGGGGGGUGGACCUGGUGGCCAAGGAGGCCAGGGAGGCCAGGGAGGCCAGGGAGGCCAAGGGGGUCAGGGUGGUCCUGGGGGAUCAGGAGGGCCUGGGGGUACAGGAGGACAACCAGGCAGUGAACAGUCCCCCAAGACCUCUGUCAUCAAGAGCAGGAGCCACGGCAUCUUCCCUGAUCCUGCUAAAGACACUCAGGUCCCCACCAUAGAGAAGUCGCACAGCAGUCCCGGCAGCUCCAAGUCUUCCUCUGAGGGUCACCUGCGCUCGCACGGCCCCUCCCGGAGUCAGAGCAAAAGCAGCGUCACACAGGCUCACCUGGAGGACGCCGGUAACGCCAUCGCUGCGGCCGAGGCAGCAGUGCAGCAGGCCCGCCUCCAGCCAAAUAGAGCUGGACACAGGCUGAAUGACGGAGAUGAUUAUACCCUGGAUAGUGAAGAUGGCACAGGCACUAAUGCAUUGGACAGUGCUAUCUUUCAGGUCCCUCAGCUGAAGACCAUUCCGAACGGUUUGGAUAAGAGAGGCUCUGACUCUCUGAAGAACCUGUCUGACUCUGAAAAUAAGAACCAAAUGAUGGGAGAGAUCAAGGUGGCUCUGAAGAGGGAGAUGAAGACUGAAGGAGAGCAGCUGGUCCUUGAGAUUCUACAGUGCAGAAACAUCACUUACAAGUUCAAAUCUCCAGACCAUCUGCCUGACUUGUAUGUGAAGCUGUAUGUGGUUAACGUGGCAACACAGAAGCGGAUCAUAAAGAAAAAGACCAGAGUGUGCCGUCAUGACAGAGAGCCAUCCUUCAACGAGACGUUCCGCUUCAGCCUCAACCCGGCUGGUCACUCCAUUCAGCUGUUCCUGGUGUCUAAUGGAGGGAAGUUCAUGAAGAAGACUCUGAUUGGUGAGGCCUACAUCUGGUUGGACAAGGUGGACAUGCGAAAACGAGCAGUGAGCUGGCACAAACUAGUGGCCAGUUCUCCUCACACACAGCCCUGAUCUCCAUCAGCCAACACUGCCAUCAGAGCAGAGAGAGCUACAGGCGCCCACACUGAUAAACUGGUGUAUAAUGAAGUAGGUGAAAUAGGGGAGGGAACAAAGAUGGAGGUGUUUCAGUAGAUACGUAUUCUCUGUGUCAAGGGGGAUGUCAUCAAGUCAUCUUACUGAAAAGUACCGUUUUUACUGGUAUUCAGACCCUCUGUCAGAGCAUAAAAAUGCUUUCUCUACUCUUGCAUCACUAUGUUAAGAAAAAACAUCAAAUAUUUACCUCCCAACUCUUUCUCUUGGCCAAAGCCAUCUCCCUAGCACCAUAUCUGCCGUUAAAUUCAUGUGAAAAAGAGUAGACUUAUAGAUGUGCUAUUACAGAUGAUCUAACCUCUUUUAGCAACUCUGUCAUUAUCCAUUUAAAGUCUUUACUU